AAAUGCCUUACUUCAUUCUCCUCCUGAUCAAAGAUGGAUCUGCAAAAUUCACUCUUUCUUCUGCUGGCAUUUGUCACCACCGGACACUCUCUCAGCUGUUAUAAGUGCACAGGAAUGACUGGUUCUUGUGCAGGUCAGACAGAAACAACAUGUCCAAUCGAAGCUUCCAACUGUCAGAGUGCAACAAUGGUAACACAAGUUGGUGGCGUUACUACUAAAGUGAAGGUUAAAGAUUGUUCUACUGAUUGUACAACUGGGUCAAUGAACCUCGGCAUUUUAAUGAUGUCUUCUGAGUGCUGUAGCAGUGACCGAUGUAAUGUUCAAGAUACUCCAGAUCCCAGAACUAGCACUCCCAAUGGAAACACGUGUUACUAUUGUGAUGGGAACAGCUGCUCAAAUGUUCUGAAAUGUUCAGGCAGUGAAGAUCGCUGCAUUAAAGCAACAGGAGCUUUUGUAGGCCAUACCGUAAAAGGAUGUGCCUCCAAAUCUAUUUGUGAUGCCACAUCAUUCAGUAGCAUUCAGGGAAUCUCCUGUUGUUCAGGGAAUCUGUGUAACGGAGCUAAAAGUGUCACUCAGAGCUUCCUGAUCCUCUGUUUUCCUCUGAUCUCCUUCAUCCUGAUGCUUUGAAUACACAUUCAGUUUCUACAAUCUGACAUGCUCUGAACACAAUACAGUAUGCAAUGUAGCAUGAUUUCUCUCUGUAUCAUCUAUGAUUAGAUUUAUUUACACAUAUACAGUAUAUUUUCAAUGUGACAUUCUGAUGUCAGAAUAAAGUGCUAAAAUCGCCUA